CGGAUAAAGAGCUAUCCUGAUAAGAGUUAUCCUGAAACACUUGUUGACCGGCGUUAUACUCUGUGGUUUGUAGUGUACGAGGACAGGUUCCGCGAGCUAUCGAGAUUCACCAAUGUACAUUUCCGCCCUCUUGGUGUUAGUGCUGACACAGUACACCUGGGCCUACAACGAUGAUAACUAUCCAUUCUCCGACAGCUACGACCCCACUCUGAUAUCUGCAGAAGACUACGCCGAUCAGGAGGACAUUUUCGAGCCUGCAGAAAAACGCGCCAACAACAUACCAAGAUAUGAGCACAGAAGAUCAUCUAAUGACCCUGACCCACGUCCAACCAGGGGCGCGAAGAUGCUGAGGAGCGAUUAUUUUGUCAGAUUCGGCCGUAGCAAACAAGAUUUCCUGAGAUUCGGCAGAGAUCCAAACCAACAGCGAUUCUCAAGAAGCCGCGACUAUCUGAGGUUCGGAAGAAGUCCUCCACCAGCCACUGAAAAUGGGAGGUACAAGAGAGACGCCGUCUUUGACCCGGAAGUGAAGCGCAACAGCAACUUCCUCAGGUUCGGAAGAAACAGCAAUUUCCUACGAUUCGGUCGAAACAAAGAAGAUCCUAUGCAAGGUGUGGAGCUAACGCAAGAAGACUUGAAGAUGCUGGGUAAACUACGCCAGUUUUACGAAUCUCCCCUCUGGAGGUUAUUCGUGCAGUUGCGAUUAGAAGGACAAGAGAGAUGGAAAAGUGAUGUUUGAAGUUCUUGUGUUUUAUCGUUACGACAAAAAUUAAUGUUUGAUUGAUAUGAUUUUGGCUGGAAUAAUAAUAUAGAAUAUCUAUGUGAUAAUUUAUUUCUGAACCGUCUGAUAUUUUGUAAUUACAUGUUGAUAAAAAU